UAGAUAACAUAAGACUCUCCGAAUACGUGAUGCAGCAACUUUAUUUCUUUUAAUUUGGAGAUUGCUAUAAAGGACUCCGUGCCCCGUUAAUGUAUGCAAUGAGAUUAUUGGUUAAGUCAUAAUAGUUAUGACUUACGAUAUACACUGUCAACAUUUGCACAAUGGGAGAGAUAAAGAUGAAAAAUUAUAUCCCACUGUGUGUUGCUGGGAUUCUUCUGACAACUAUUCCUGCACUUUUCUUUGCCUUUCCAGGGAGAAUUAUGCUGCAAGAAGUGUCAUAUUGGUUAAUAGUGUACACGGUGGUGGUGUAUGUUUAUGUUUUGAUCAACUUUAUUAUGGCUGGAAUUAAAGAUCCUGGAGUAUAUGCAAAACAAAUUUGAUCAUCAUUGUCCUUGGGUAAAUAAUUGUGUUGGUCGAAGGAAUUAUCGUUAUUUUUUCAUCUUCCUGAAUACUCUUUCAUUACAUAUGAUCAACACGUUUGCAAUAAGUCUCUGGUUUGUUAUUCGGAACAUGUAUGGUGCACAAGCUCCAACAUAUGACCCUCCUAUUGCAUUAUCAAUUUUUAUUAUGGUUAUAGUUGCACUUCUUUUCAUACCAGUGUUUGGUUUGACUGUCUUUCACAUCACUCUUGUUGUACGUGGACGAACAACCAACGAGCAAGUGACGGGCAAGUUUCAGAAUGGACUUAACCCAUUUGAUGAAGGCUGCAUCAAUAACUGCUCAUCUGCUUUUUGUGUUUCUGAAUCACCGAAAUAUCUUGAUUAUCAAGUAACAGACCUUUCACAUUACACCAUGGAAAAAACCUCAGUCAAGAAAAGAGCUACAUCAGCCAGCAUGGUCGUUGUUAGAGUGCAGGAGAAUGGACAUACACAACCUGUGACGCAUUUAUUACAUCAUGAUUCGUUUGAUGAAAUGGAGUUGGGAAUCGCUCUUUCGGAAGACACAGAAGCUCCUCCACCUAAGAAUAUUCCCUUUCCAUCUGCUUAUUAUAAUACAACUGACCAACUUAAUUCAAGAUCAACAGUAGAAGAAUCAUCCGUACAAAGCAACAUGAUGAUGGAUUCAUCACAUAAUCAUCACCGAAGCAACUCGGACAGAAAGGAAUUUGAUCCAGAAAGGUUCCGAGCUCGAGUAACAGCCGUUGAUCCGUCUGUUCAUCAUCAAAAUACAUUAAAUGAUAAUGAGGUUACUACAAGCUAUGAUCUAAAAGAUGGAAUGCAAAAUAAAGAUAAUUGGAGUUUGAAUGAUCAAACUGAUUUAUCUGAGAGACCAAGUCCAACACUUUCUCAGUCAGUUUUCAAAAAGUUUUUUAAACAAGAUUCAAAAGUGAAUGGUUCCAUGAGUUCAUUGAACAACAGACUUGACCUUUCAUCAUCGGAUGAUGAGUCAAAACACUUGACUGACGAAAAUGUAAGAGGAAGUACAAGUUCAAAGGUACCAAUGCAGGUUGAAGAACAUAAAACAUUGAUUUCGGAUCCUACCCUUGGGUCAAAUAAUAAUAGCAACAGAGAACCAUACAUGGAACAAGCGAGAAAGGGAAGAUCUCCGAGAAAUAAGAGCAAGUCACAUGGAGAGUAUGACAACAUAACAGCUACAUGGCUACCUAUCCAUCAUACAACAACACAAGAACAAAUAAAUGUAUGUAACAACAGUGAAGAACAUAUCAAACAAGAUAAUCUCGUCCCUCUGCAAAACAACAGUGCUGUUAUUAUUAAUAAACGCAUGGAAAAAGCAAAAGAACAGGUUGAUCGUGAUUUAAAUGCCGCCUUAUUUGAAGUAAGCCAAGCUGAACGGGAACUAGAGCAUGAUCAAGCAUGUUUUACUAAGUUAUCUGAUAGUGGCUUUGAUUUAACUGUACGUACGGCUGAUGAAAUGUUAAACAGUCAAACUUAUCAAUCAAGAAGAAAAAGUCACGAACCAGAAAAAAUCCCAAAUAGACAAAGAACAUUUCAAAAAGAAGAUAAUAAGCAAAGUAGAAAUGAUAUUCCCGCAAGAAAUCGAUCACGUUCGUCAUCUACAUCAAGGCAGCAAAGGUUGUUGAUUGGAAUGCCCAAGUACGAGAAACUUCCUACUGCUGGUCAUGUGUCCAACAUAAUUGGAAUAUUUGAACACGGGUAUGAACCAGCAGUACAGAAAUUAACAAACCCUGUCAACAGGGAGUCGCACAUUCUUACUAAUACUACUGACACUGAGAGGCUCCUCGCUAAAUGAUGAUCAAUAAUUGCAUACACACCAUGAAUAAUUCAAUCCAUGAAAUUAAAAUAUAACUGAAACUCACUUUCUUCAGAGCGGCUUUAAACUUCAAUGUUUUGCACAAAAUCCAGAUUAUAAAUAAAGCUCUCCAUAUGUAAAUAAUAACUGACAUAACUUUGUAUCUUAAAUAUUUCAGUGUUGAUGUCAUUUCUUUCUGUGCACUCAAUAGUCAGUGAUCAAAUUUGUAUUAUAAGUUAAAAAACGAAAAGUCUAAAUUUAAUAAAUGCAGCUGCUAAUGCCUGCUCGCUUCAAUUUACAGAUAAUGUGUAAACAAGUGUUGCUUGUAUUGUAUAAACAUUUUAUUGGUGUCUAUUUGCCAUGCUUGCCACCAUUGAAAUGAAAACCACAAUGUUUAUUUAUGUGAUUACCUUAUGGGCCUUAUAAGUUAACCACAGUCGUUAUAAAACCUAAUGAGUAAUGAUAUCUAAUUUUGACGUAAUACAUUAAUAAAAGUCGAAUGUUUAAU